AUGGGCAAACGAUUACUGCAAAAGGUGUCUCGCAAGAAUGAUGGCAGUAGUGUGAGUGGCAAGGGGAAGAUUCCCAUUUUGAAGGUGGUACAAGUGCUUGUGGCCGCCGUGAUUGGCUUUUACGUGGCCUUUUUAGUGUCUACUACCCGACAAGCCACGUCUCUGUCGGAUGGGGCUACUCCUGAACGAAUACAACCAGACAGCAGCAGCAGCAGCAGUAGUGUGCAACGAAAAGCUGCCGAAAUGGACAAUCCACAACAGUCUUCUACUACUGCUACUAUUACCAUUGGCUAUGCCGUGUCGGUGACGGGCUGUGGUUCGGAUCCUCUGGAAGAAGGGGCUGCCGUCUUGAAGCAUUCGAUUCACUUGACAUCCAUUCAUGGCAAUACUGGCAACAACACUACUAGCAAUAAAAGUGGCAAGUACGACUAUCAAAUGUACGCCAUUUAUCAUCCCCAAGCAGCGCCGUGUGUGGCAUCGUUGCAAGAAUUGGGUUACAUACUGCUGGAACGCGACACACCGAUUGCCGUGGCCGACAUGGAAGGCGACUGGUUACGAACGCAUAUUGAAAAGAAUGGAUGUUGUGGCGAAAAGGAAUUGAUCAAAUUAGAAGCGUAUACACUGAUCCAGCAUCCCGUUGUGGUCCAUUUGGAUUUGGAUGUAUUGAUCUUGCAACCGUUGGAUCCACUCUUUGAUGCCAUGAUUCAAGGAGCGACGGCAUCGAAUGCCCAAUCUCGUAUUAAAGUACAAUGGCCCGAAAAACCAUUUACGGAACAACCAAAUGCAUUCAUCACUCGAGAUUACAAUAUGAAUCGACCGGGCAAUCCGUAUCCACCCGUUCAGGGAGGAUUCCUCGUGGUACGGCCCGACAUGGCCGUCUAUCAGGAAUACUUGGACAUUAUCAAAAAGGGAGAUUUCCAAGAAGGCAAAGGAUGGGGUGGCAAAGUAGGUGCCUUUUACGGAGGCAUGACCAUUCAAGGAUUGGUUCCCUAUUACUACGACGUACUACAUCCACACGAUGUCGUCGAACUCGAUCCUUGUCAAUACAAUCAAAUGUGCAACAAUCCACGCGACAAACCCACCGUGAAUGAUAUUGUCAAUGGACGCUGUCGUACCGGCCAAGACGAAUGUCAAGAUUGUCGCAGUUUACCACUGGAACAGGUCAUUACCACCCACUUUACACUCUGUCAAAAACCAUGGUGGUGUCUCCCGCAAGACGAAGAUCGCAUUCAAUCGCGACUGUGUCGCAAAUUGCAUCAUGCAUGGUAUCAGACCCGAUCGUCCUUGGAAGUUUCCUGGGGACGACCCGCUUUUGGCAAGUAUCGCAAUCACAAAUGGAAACAGGGCGAUCACUUUUUUGGAUUUUGUCGCGGAGCCGGAGGACAAGGAUACAUUCCCAUUGCCAAACCCUACGGGACACCCAUUGCGAAACCAUAUGGACGAGCCAAACCAACGACAACCAACAACAAGGAUGCCGCAGAAUCGUAA